AUCGGCGUCCGAGAAGGAUUGGUUCUGCUCAACAGCUUGUUAUUUCGUUGAUCGCUCGCAGUUCCGUGCUGCUGGGAGUUGGAGCUCUGUUUGCUGUGAAGACAAAUCUCCGCGCUGGAAUCCCUCAAAUAACCUUCGACGAUGAAGGCAGCGGAUGAGCCUGCCUACCUAACAGUGGGAACCGAUGUGAGCGCCAAGUACCGGGGAGCCUUCUGUGAGGCAAAGAUCAAGACCGUGAAGCGGCUGGUGAAAGUCAAGGUUACCUUGAAGCAGGAUAACUCUACGCAGUUGCUGCAAGAUGACCAGGUCAAAGGGCCAUUAAGGGUUGGAGCAACAGUUGAAAUGAAAGCACCUGAUGGGUCUCCGCAGGAAGCAAUUAUAAGUAAACUGACUGAUGCGAGCUGGUACACUGUGGUUUUUGAUGAUGGCGAUGAAAGGACUUUAAGGCGGACAUCGCUGUGUUUGAAAGGGGAAAGGCAUUUUGCAGAAAGCGAGACAUUGGAUCAACUCCCACUAACAAACCCUGAGCAUUUUGGCACUCCAGUCAUUGGAAAGAAAUCAAACCGGGGAAGGAGAUCAUCUCUCCCAAUGACUGAAGAUGAAAAAGAGGAGGAGAGCAGUGAGGAGGAAGAUGAUGAUCUGAAACGCUUAGGGGAUGAACUAAUCGGCAAAGUAGUCAGCGUGAAAUCUAGCGAUUCCCAAGAAUGGUAUCCAGCUCUGGUUGUGUCCCCGAGCUGCAGUGAUGAUGCUGGAGUGAAGAAAGACCAGUGUUUGGUGCGAUCGUUUGUGGACUCUAAAUUCCAUUCCAAUGCAAGGAAAGAUCUCGCUGAAAUUGACCUUAAUACACUGAAAUCUGAACAUUCUGACCUGCCAGGUGUAAAGGAGGCAAUCCAUUUCCUGAAUUCAAGAACUGUCCCUGAGAGUUGGAAAAUGGACAUGAGUGAAAUCCUGGAGUCAUCGAGUAGUGAUGAUGAGGAUGGAGAGGCAGACGUUCAUGAUGGCGAGCCGAACAAAGAGGAAGAGGAAGAAGCAGAGCCUGAAGAGGAGGCAGACCCAGAGGAGAGAGAGAACUUCCUUCAGCAGCUUUAUAAGUUUAUGGAAGACAGAGGAACCCCAAUCAACAAGCCACCUGUAUUGGGCUACAAGGAUCUGAACCUCUUCAAACUCUUUAGACUCGUGUAUCUUCAGGGUGGUUGUGACAAUAUUGAAAGUGGGGCUGUCUGGAAGCAAAUUUAUAUGGACCUUGGAAUUCCAAUUUUAAAUUCAGCAGCUUCCUACAAUGUAAAAACUGCUUACAAAAAGUAUCUUUAUGGAUUUGAGGAGUACUGCCGUUCUGCGGACAUUCAGUUUAGGACAAUUCAUCACAAUGAUCCUAAACCAGUAAAAGAGAGUGAGCCAGAAGUAAAACCAAUGGAGAACACUGACACAGAGGCCAUAGCACUUCCAGUAGACGUGAAGGAAGAUGAUGAGACCGAUUCUAGCAGCGAAAAUGGAAGAGAGGACACCGAGAUUAAAACACCAAGGGGGAGGCGGAGACCAAUUACCACUGUUCCUAUGGUAAAUGAUCCUGAAGAAAGCGAGAAGCGCAAAGACAGCAACAAGGAAAAUAAAGAUGUCGAAGAAGACCUCGAACAAACUGAGGAAAAAAAGGAAAAUGACAGCACUCCAGGACGCAGGAGCUUACCAUGCAAACCAAAAGCAGAACGCAAAAUCCAGAAAGCGGAGGAGUCUGAGCAGGAAUCCGAUGAAGAUGAUGAUGAUGAUGAUAAAGAGAGUGACAUACGAGAAGAAAUGGAACACAAAGGGGAUACUGAAGAGGAGGAGGACUCAGAGGAGAGAGACUGCCUAGCGGGCACCAAAGUAAAGGUUAAAUAUGGGCGGGGGAAGACCCAGAAAAUCUAUGAAGCAAAUAUUAAGAACACUGAAACUGAUGGUGGAGAUGUGUUAUACCUGGUGCAUUAUUACGGCUGGAACGUCAGGUACGAUGAAUGGGUGAAAGCUGAUCGAAUCAUCUGGCCUUCCGACAAAGGUGGACCAAAAAGAAAACAAAAGAAAAAAGCUAAGAAUAAAGAUGAGAAUGAAAAGGAGGAGGAAAAGCAGAAAUCUAAACGUGGGCGUCCUCCCUUAAAGUCAACGCUUCAGUCCAACCUGGCCUGUGCUCUAGCAAAAUCUCUAAUUAGUGAAGGCAAAAGCUCCAUAAAACCCAUGCGAACCAGCUUGCCUGAAAACACUUCCUUGUCAAAUGGGUUAGAAGGAGCACUUCGGAGGAGGACAAGAAGGAGUUCAGGGGCGUAUGAUUCUGAUAGAGGUUCAAACGAGUCAAGCACAUCUGAAAGCGAGUCUGAGGAGAUCACUGAAAAGUCACCCGUGAAAGAGACUUUUCUGCCAAAGGUUGAGACAGAAUCUGAGAAAAGUGACAACCUGGUUGAAAAUAGCCUUGAGGAAGAAACGCCCGAGCCCAUUUGCAUUUCAAAAGAUCCAGAAAUGAGCCCAACAAAGCCAGCUGAAACUUUAAAACAAGAAGUGGAGGAGAGUGAACACAUUGUUCAGAUUUAUGGGAAACAAACUGAACAAAUCGAAGAAAUAAAACAGGAGCCAGAGAUUCUGCCAGAGAUUCUGCCAAAGCCUAAAGGGAGGCGAAGCAAGACAAAAGACCCUCCUCAGGAGAACACACAAAGUUUGCCUGUCACUCAGGAAGAUAUGUUUGUGGAGCCACAACCGGAGCUUGAAACACUAGACUUUCCUUCACUACAAAGUAAGGACUUGUCGUUCUCUACUAAGGAAGUAGACCUUCCAAUGGAGCCACUGAUAAAAGAGAAAAAAGGUCUAAAGAGGAAGCCACUGGAACAAGCAUCUCCAGAGAAGAAGGUUCGCACCGAAUGCCCAUUAGAACUGCCCGUUAUUGUGGCAGAAGAGCAACCUGCUGAAAGUAAUGAGACUCAGGAACACUUUAAUACCAUCAGCGAAGAACGGCUUCAGAAUGUAAAUGAGGAAAUGCCUUCUCUAAUAGCUGAGCUGGAGCAUGUGGCCAGCACUAGGACUGGGGAAACAGAAACGCCACUGAAUGAAAUCACUAACCUGUCCUCCAAAGAGGAGGAACACGAUGUAAUGCCAAUGAUUGGUCCAGAGACAUUGGUUUGCCAUGAAGUAGAUUUGGACGACUUUGAUGAGAAGGAGAAAGUAGAGGAUGUUGUCAUGGAGAAGGCAGAGCCUGAGCCACAAACUAUACAUCCGCCUGCACUGCCCCCUGCAGUCCAGCCUCUGAAUUACUCUGUGGCUUCUCCCCUUGCACUUAGUCACGACGAGUCUCACAGUAUAAAGAGUGAGAGCGAUAUAACCAUUGAAGUAGACAGUGUUGCAGAAGAAUCACAGGAAGGCCUGUGUGAGAGCGAGUCUGCAAAUGGGUUUGAAGCAAGCACUACUUCUAGCAACUGCAGUGUAACUGUUCAGGAAGCUGACCUGCGUGAAAAAGGUCAUAAGCGGGUGAGUGAAAGCAACGCUGGGUCCCUAGCCAAGAAGCAAAAGCGGACCCCAAAGCGACUUAGCGCUGUAUCGAAAAGUGAAAAGAAUGGAAUAGGACAAAGUAGUGACAGUGAAGACCUCUCUGUGCUUGAUAGUUCGACUAAAUGUACUCCAGUUAAACACAUCAAUAUAGCUAAGCCACAGAAGAUCGCAAGGUCUCCAGCAAGGAUCACUUCUCCGCACAUUAAAGAUGGCGAAAAAGAAAAACAUCGAGAAAAACAUCAGCACUCAUCUCCUAGGGCGUACAAGUGGACAUUACAGCUUAGUGAACUCGAUAACAUGAGUGGCACAGAGAAGAUCGUCUUUCUCCAAGACAAGCUACAGGAAAUCCGAAAAUAUUAUAUGUCUCUGAAGUCUGAAGUUGCUACAAUUGACAGGAGGAGAAAACGGUUAAAAAAGAAAGACCGAGAAAUGUCCAAUACAGGAGCAUCCAUGUCUUCAGCAUCCUCAGAAACAGGCAUGAGCCCGUCCUCUUCUUCACCCCCACAGAACACACUUGCUUUAGAGUGUAGGUGAUACUCAACCUGUCAUCCUUCCAGCAUUCUGCUGCCAUGGACACUUAAACUCAUUGUCCCCUCUGUAAUACAACCACACAAAGCACUCAACCGGUUUUACAUUGCCAAGUAUUUUUUUUCUUUAAAAUCUCUGAUGAAUUGCAACUUUAA